UUAUUUAUUUUACCAAUUUCCGAAACAUUCUGCACUACACAAGCCUGCUAUGACGAACUCACCAUUUUCCUGCAGAAUAUGUGGUAUGAAGGCGCAUGGAACCCAUUUUGGAGCAGUUACCUGUAGAGCAUGUGCAGCGUUUUUUAGGAGAUCCAGCAAAUCGAAAUGGAUCAAUAAGAAGUGCCAGUCAAAAACUGGAAAUAAGGCGAGGUGCUUCUGUAGGCCGUGUCGAUUGCGUAGAUGUCUGGACAAUGGGAUGGAAGACACAAAAUUCCAAUACGGUCGAGAUUUAAAUCUACCAGCCGACGACAAUCCCCUGGUUCCCAGCAUCUCAAAUUUCGUAGGCCGACCUGAAUUCCUGCUGUUCUGCGAUUCAAAAAGCUCCGGUUCAAAGAUUGUGAUUGAUGUUCAGCCGCUGAUAAAAGAAGCUUCACGACUUUUGAGAAAUGGUUGUGCGACACCGCUUCGCGCUGAAAGUCAACUGAAAAAAUUAACGCUUGGACUGAAAGUUAUGCAGUGUGAUCUGAAAAAUGUAAAAUGCUUCGAUAAAAUUGGAAAAGCCGAGUUUUUGGAUAUCAUCGAAUUUUAUUUCAUGGCAGGUGUCAAGUGGGUCUCUCACUUUGACCAUUUCCAAAAGUUGGAUCAGGACUUACAGAUGAAGCUCGCCCAGUCAAUCUGGAAUAUUUUUAUCAAAAUUCACAAAUGUAGUAAUACUGCUAAAUAUCGGAAGUCUAAUUCAAUAGGUACACAUGAUCAGAAAAUCCUGAGAAAUAUGUGUGUGGAUCGAGAAAAAGUGAAAUUCGAUUUUAGUUGGAUGAGUGAUUAUCCUCAGCAUUUUGUUAAAAAGUACAUGUUCACCCAUAAUACGUACGAUAGUGAAAUUGUGGAAGCUUUAAUCAAACUGGAUCCAACUGAUGUAGAACUAACUUAUAUGAUUGCACAACUUUGCUUUGAAUAUGCUGGAAAACGAUUUCAAGGAGAAAUUCUGAAAGUUACUGAUCACUUUCAACAAACCCUAUCAAAUGACCUACACCACUACUAUACCUCAGAAUUGAACAGAGAACGAUAUUUGAAGCGAUUGACGGAUUUUAUGAAAAUUAACAAGUUGAUUCAGAAAUCAAUUUGGGAAACACGACCGCACCGGGAGUUGGGAAAAGUUUUCAACGUUUUGAAGACGGAAUUUUCACACCCGGAAAUGUUUGAAGAUACUGGAUUUUGUUAAACUAUUGAUGUUUUUUCUUAAUUAUAUGAAAGUUUUUGAAAUAUAAUAUUUUUAUUAUCUUACGUUUUAUAAGUGCAGCUGUGAUACAUACAUUUUAAGAUACAUACAUUAAUAUGAAAAUUGAGAAAUUGUUUUUGAAAAAAAGUUCAUUGCAAACUCUAGAAUAAAAUAAACUUUU